CUUCACCCCUCUCGGGACUGGACCCAUCUCCGGUACGGACCGCCCUCUCCGACACCCAGCUUGUGGCCUCCUACGCCCCGGGAAGGUAGGUGAAGACAUGAGAGUCAUCUCCCUCCGUUCGCCCAAGAGGAGCCACAUGGACGUGUCCAAGAUGUUCUCGCUGCUGCGGCUGGAGGAGGAGGAGGAGGAGGAAGAGGUCGGGGAGGGGGCGGCUGCCGGGGCGAAACAGGAGCUGAGCCGGGCCGUGGGAGCCGACGACCACGGGGCCCUGGACCUCCUCCUGCGCCAGGCUCGCUACAAGCGCUUCAUCAACAGCCGCAGCGGCUGGGGGGUCCCGGGGACCCCCCUGCGGCUGGCCGCCGCCCGUGGCCACCUGCGCUGCCUGCGGGUGCUCCUGGCCCACGGGGCCGAGGUGGACCGCCUGGACGCGAAGGCCCAGACGCCGCUGUUCACGGCGGUCAGCCACGGCCACGCGGCCUGCGCCCGCCUGCUGCUGGAGGCCGGGGCCAGCCCCCUCGGCAGCCCCUACAACAACUGCUCCCCGGUGCUCACGGCGGCCCGGGACGGCCGCGGGGCCAUCCUGCAGGCCCUGCUGGCCCACGGCGCCGACGCCAACGUCCGGGCUCGGGUCCCGGCCUGGGCCCCGGGCCCCGCGGCCUGCACCGGGCCCCUGUACCUGGCGGCCGCCUACGGGCACCUGGACUGCUUCCGGCUCCUCCUGCUGCACGGGGCCGACCCGGACUACAACUGCACCGACCCGCGGCUGCUGGCCCGGGUGGCCCGGCCCCGCACCCUGCUCGAGCUCUGCCUGCGGCGCGGCUGCGGGCCCGACUACGUCCGGCUGCUGGUCGACUUCGGGGCCAACGUCUACCUGCCGCCCCUUCCGCCCGGCGGGCCUCCGGCCGACGGGGAGGCCGUAGCCCUGCUGUGCAGGGAAAGAGGCCCCACUGAAGCCGGCCCUCUCCUCUCCCCGCAGCUCAUCCCAAGCCUCUGCUGUCCCAGGCGCGGCUGGCGGUCCGCAGAGCCCUGCCCCUGGCCGGCCGGGCCCAAGUCGUCGACCGGCUGGAACUCCCGCCGCGGCUGGCCGACUACCUCAAGCACCAGUCCUAGGCCGGGGUCCGGGAGCCGCCGCCCCCACCCCCCCGCCGAUCCUCGGGCCCUUGUUUUCCUGCAGAAAUAAAGGGGAGGAAAGGCAGGUGGCGGAGCCGUGGGCCUCGGCGAGACGGGUGGGCAAGCCAACCGGCUGUCCUCCCGCAGAGACGCGGCGCGGGGAUGCUUGUCAGGUGCUCCUCGAGGUGAGGAUGUCGGGCUCUUCCCUUUCUGGACACUCCGGACACAAGG